AUGGAGGCGUCGGCGGCUGGGGAUCCUACUAGGGACGUGAGGGACCCGUCUGAGGACGACGACCACGACGCUGGCCGUCGAGCUCGUGAAGUUUAUCGCUACUUUCGACCUGAGCGGCUGACCCCAAUCGAUGAGGACCCCACACCUAUCAGCGGAGCCGGCUCUUCGCCGGGUCUUCUACGAUUUCACGAUUCAUCAUCCACGAAAGAUCGCUCGCCCUCCGCAUCAUCACAGCCAUCAUGCACAUCUUUACUCCCGCAAGAUCAAGCUGAGGCCCCUCCGGAAUUCCUACCCGGGUUGGUGCUCGACCAAUCCAACGAUACUUUGACGUCGCUGGCACAAUUGGCCGCUCUCCGCUUAGACGUCGAUCGCGUAUACAUCAGUGUAUCGGACCGCGACUCUCAAUUUAUUAUAGCACAAUCCACCGAAACUACUGAAGAUGGCACCGACCACCUGGGCUGUUCAACGCUCGAUGUCAGCGACUGGAACAUGUGCCAGGACACCAUUGCGCUUCCACCAUGCAACCGAGCGCGAAGAGACUAUCACUUCUUAGUAUCAACCGACUUGAGCCAGGAUGAACGAUACCAAAAUCUUCCGAUCGUGCAGAAAGACGCGAACUUUCGGUUUUACGCCGGCACGCCUCUCACCACGGACAGCAACAUCAACGUCGGUUGUUUCUUCGUUCUCGACACUAAGCCUCGUGCCGAAUUCACGGACAUCGAAAAGGCGACCAUGGGUUACAUGGGAAUGUUGGUAAUGGACUUUUUGAAAGUGAGCCGCCAGGCCUCCGAAGGCCGUCGCGCAGCUCGCUUGUCUCGCGGCCUGAACUACUUUGUCGAGGGUGGAUCUAGCUUCAAUACUGCAAUGCCGAGUCCAGUCAACGAAUCCAUCCAACGGCAAUCCAGUAAUGCCUCAACCAGAAGUACAGGGACUCGUAGGUCCUCUGGCAGUCGACGGAAAAACUGCAGCACCUCCCCUCGACGAUCGCGUUCAAAUAGCAGUGCGCGUUCUGUGCGCUCUGCACGCUCCUUCGUCUCAACAUCGGACCAUAAGACCGAUCGAUCCAUUUCAUCUAGCUUCGAUCGCCCUUCUUCGGCCAAAUGGUCAGAGCUUGGCCAGUCCGCUGAGAAGAACCAGUCAAUUUCGUGGGCCUUCCGAAGAGCGGCGAACUUGAUUCGAGAGAGCCUCGAGCUUGAGGGUGAUAGUGGUGUGGCUUUCCUGAAGGCUGGUAGCGACGCUGUCCUUGAUCGUUGGAGCGGCAGUGAUGUUUUCAGCUCUCAGGAUACCGGCAAAGCAGCCUCCCUACUAGCAGUCUCCACCGAGGAGAGCCUAUUCGGCCCAUACAGGGACUCCGCCGUUUCUCGCCCAGUCACGAAGCUCGAUGAACACUUUUUGCAUCGCCUGCUCAAUACAUACCACAACGGAAAAAUCUGGUCUUUACAUCGCGACGGCCAACAGUCUAGCUCGGAUAGUGAAGACUCGUCGCCCUCACGCGAAGGUCGCUCUCGAUCGAGGGGCCCGGCGGAUUCAAAAGCGCCCAAGAACCGGAAACUUCAAGAGACCGCGAUGCUGAACAAAUAUUUUCCGAGAGCGACUCAGGUCCUUUUCGUGCCUUUGUGGAAUGCGGCCGAUUCGCAGUGGUUCGGCGGCUGUUUCUGUUGGAACAGUGUUGAAAGCCAUGUGUUUGAUCCAUCGGUUGAGCUGAGCUCGCUGUUGGGCUUCGGGUCUUCGAUUAUGGCUGAAUGUAACCGUGUUGAGUCGCUCAUCUCCGAUCGUCAAAAGGCCGAUUUUCUUGGCAGUAUCUCACACGAGCUGCGCAGCCCUCUUCACGGGAUUAUGGCAGCGGCUGAAAUUCUCCAAGGCACGAAUCUGAACGCAUACCAAGGCUCACUCAUGGACACCAUCAACGCAUGCGGCAGAACUCUACUGGACACGAUGAACCAAGUCUUGGACUUCAGCAAGAUCAUGUCACUGGAAAGGCAGUUCCGGCAUCUGGAGCGACGAAAAGCCUCGCCACUGGAACUGAAAGAUAUGCAUCGGCCCACAGCGUAUUUGGACACACACGUCGCUACCGACAUCUCGAUUUUAGCCGAAGAGGUGGUGGAGGGAGUUUCUCUGGGCCAUUUCCACACUCAAAAAUUCACCGAUUCUUCUGGUCUGUUGACAGCCGCUGCCAAAGCCAAUGAAGGGAGCCUCGAUGCCCAUAUUCCGCGCCCCAAUGUCGACGUGAUCAUUGAUAUUGCACCCAAUGAUUGGACCUAUAGUACACCCCCUGGAGCCCUACGACGAAUCAUCAUGAACAUAUUCAGCAACGCGAUCAAGUACACCGAGGCAGGCCAUGUCUCAUUUCACCUGGAGGCUAAGGAAGCAUCCGCAACUUCCUUCUCACGGCACGGUACCAAGGAAGAUCUGAUAACCUUGACGGUUAACGACACUGGAAAGGGCAUCUCUGAGGGAUUCUUACGGUCGAAGCUCUUUGUUCCAUUCGCGCAAGAAGAUAGCCUGGUCACAGGAUCGGGCCUCGGUCUCUCCAUCGUUCGCAGCCUUGUCAAAUCUUUGGGUGGUUCUAUCGAUGUCAGCAGUCGCCUUGGCAGUGGCACAACCGUGAAGGUCAUACUUCCUUUAGUGCGAUCGGAGCAGAAACAGGUCGAGACUGAUCUUGGCCCAAGGGAAUCGGCGUCCAAUGAGGUCCAGCAUCUGCGAGAAGUACAUGGUGGACGACGCGUCGCUAUCAUGAACGUGGAACCAGAGGAUGUUCCUAACUACCCAUCCUGGGCUGUUUUGUCCCGCUACCUGACCGACUGGUACGGUCUAAUUCUGGUCUCUUCAUCGUCGCUGGAGCCCAUUGAUCUCAUCUUGGGCGAUGAAUUGCCCUCCCAAAGCGAGAUGCAUCGCUGCUUUACCGAUAAUUCUACGUCAUUCCUGAUGUUGAGCAGCAACUACAUUCGCCGUGACUCCAUUCGUGUCCAAUGGGACUCUGGCUCUAAGGCUGUGGACAUCAUAAAUUGCCCAUAUGGUCCGCACAAGCUGGCCCGAUUCAUUCACAAAUCUCUUGGCAAGGACGUGAGAGGUUCGAUAACAGAGACGACACCUCUACCGGAAUGGCCCGCGAGGCCAGACACGAACGAGCGGCCCACCUCAAGUAAUGAAUCUCCAGAAUCGGAUACAAACUCUCGCUCGACAACGCCAAGUGAAUAUUCACUAUCGACACCCAAUACAGAGAUUACGGAUUCCCCCGACGAGCCCCGGCGUGCGCACAUCUUGGUAGUCGAAGAUAACAAAAUUAACCUGAACCUGAUGCUCACAUUCUUGAAGAAACGCGGCUUUGCCGCCGUGGAUUCAGCCGAGAAUGGUAGGCUCGCGGUUGCCGCCGUGAAGCAAGCACAGUCGGGGUACGAUUUCAUUUUCAUGGAUAUUUCCAUGCCCUACAUGAACGGCUUCGAGGCUACGCGCAGCAUUCGCAGAUUUGAGAAGACGCGCACCGACGAAACGAAGCCGUCCAAGAUCAUCGCCUUGACGGGAUUGAGUAGCUCCCUUGAUGAAUCAGAGGCCUUGGACUCUGGUAUGAAUCGUUUCUUGACGAAGCCGGUUGCUUUCAAAGAGAUCGAGAAGAUCCUGGACCAGUGGAAUGAGACGGAGGUUUGA